GAAGCAUAAACUCGAUCAGUAAUCGUGUAUUUCAUUAUUUUUAUUCGGAUACGCGCGAAUCGCAUAUUCAAAUAAAAUGUACCACGAAAAUGUCCAAAGAUGGAUCGACAAGGUGAUGCCGAAAAUUAUCAAGAACCUUGGAUUGGAUAUUGACAAAACUCGGUAUAAAUUACUCGAAUUUCCUGGCAAUUUUAUUAUGUCGUACAUGUAUCAUGUACGUUUGCAGUUUGAGAACAAAAUAAAUAGACAAAACGAAGAAUUGUCUAUGCUAUUGAAGAGAUCCACGUCGGAUUUCGGUUUGAUAGUUCAUACUGAUCUUCAAUUUCGGAACGAAAUCCUGUUUUAUCAAAUGUACUCCCGACCGGAUGAGAAUUAUGCGAGAUGCUUCUACUUCGAAGAACGAUCGCCCACCGACUUCGUAAUUGCCUUAGAAAAUGUCAACGGACAAGGAUAUUAUUCUUGUCCAUAUAAUAAAUAUGAUCCCCCAGUGGAAUACACAUUAGCGGCGAUGCGCGAGUUGGGACGAUUUCAUGGUAAAGGAUAUGUCAUGAAGGAAAUGCAACGGGAAAAAUUCUUCGAUAUCGCGACGCAAAUUCAAGAAGUUAGGUAUACAAACAAAACGGAGAGUAUUUACAAGUUUGUUUGCAACAUUAAGACAUCACGAGUGGUAGAAUAUCUUCGCAGCCAGGAUCAUGAUGCAGUUUUCUGUGAUAAGAUGGAGGCCUUACUUUCAAACGCGUUUGAAAAAGUGAUGAUAAAAACGGUACAGCCGCUUGAACCUCUAGCCACGUUGUGUCACGGUGAUUUUACAUUGGACAAUAUUCUCUUCAAGACAGAAGACGAUAAUGAACAGCAUCUCCCAAUAUUAAUUGAUUUCGCGCUCAUUAGAUACUCGACGCCUGUUAUUGAUCUCUCCACAUAUCUUCACUUAUGUUGUUCGAAUGAAAUGAGAAAAGAAAAAUUUCUCGAUUUCAUGCAAGCCUACCAUGACUCGCUUAAAGAAUAUCUAUUAAACGCCGGCGUUCAAGAUAUUGAGAAAUACUCGUAUAACGCUUUGUUGAGCGAUUUUAAGAGAGGUGCUCUAUUUGGUUUCGUUAUAAUGUGUGUCUUUAUACCGGUAAUACUAGGAUAUCUCAGUCCAGAAGUAUUAGUACAAGAAAUAUUAGAUCUUGGUCCUUUAGAAAGCACGAAGAAACAAAGAUAUGCCGGAGGAAACGAAGUAUCCAAAAUGCUAGUUGAUGCCUUGCUGUAUCUGAAAGAUCUUGGCUGCCUAAAACAUGUUUUAUAGUCGCGCGAGAUAAAUGCGAACGAAUAAAAUUUAAUGUCUGUCGAUUAAUAACAUAAAGCUCAAUAAUGAAUAGAUUUUAAGCCAUGAUUUAUCAAAAGUGUAAAACUCAUUCCCUGUACAG